CGUACUCAUCUUCUGUACAUUUUUAUUGUGAAUAACGUUUACUUUUGGAGAUAAAUAAACAACCCGGGCCAGUAACUCCAAAACGCGCUGGGCGGUGGUUGGCCAUCACAGCGCAAACCCUGGUAGAGCCGCCGCUUGGCCAACUACGGCUGGUUCUGGAGCUGCUCCGAGAUCAUGGGCGACGCCAACGACGAGCCGGAGCCCAUCCGACUCAAGUCCCUGAAGUACGAGGGCAGCUUUACCGUGCCGCCGGAGGACAAGCUGGGUAGAGGCAGGAGUGUGAAAGAAUUUGUGAAGCUGAAUCGUAUUGGUGAAGGAACCUACGGUAUUGUAUACCGUGCCCAUGAUAUGAAAACUGAUGAAAUUGUUGCUCUCAAGAAGGUUCGAAUGGAUAAAGAAAGGGAUGGAAUCCCCAUCAGCAGUUUGAGAGAGAUUAACCUACUACUUAAACUGAGACACCCUAAUAUUGUAGAGCUAAAAGAAGUAGUGGUGGGAAAUCACCUGGACAGUAUUUUCCUAGUAAUGGGAUACUGUGAACAGGAUCUUGCCAGUCUUCUAGAAAAUAUGCAGUCACCAUUCUCAGAGGCUCAGGUGAAAUGUAUAAUCUUGCAGUUAUUAAAGGGACUGCGAUAUCUACAUGAAAACUUCAUUAUUCACAGAGACCUUAAGGUAUCCAAUUUGCUGAUGACUGAUAAAGGGUGCGUGAAGAUAGCGGACUUUGGGCUGGCACGUGCAUAUGGGGUGCCUCUAAAACCCAUGACUCCAAAAGUAGUAACACUAUGGUACAGAGCACCUGAAUUACUACUGGGAACAAAAACACAGACUACGGCUAUUGAUAUGUGGGCAGUAGGUUGCAUCCUUGCAGAGCUACUGGCACACAAACCUUUGCUUCCUGGAAGCUCCGAAAUCCAUCAGAUUGACUUAAUUGUUCAGUUAUUAGGGACUCCGAAUGAGAACAUCUGGCCUGGCUUUUCCAAGUUACCAUUAGUGGGACAAUACACUCUGAGAAAACAGCCUUACAAUAACCUGAAGCACAAAUUUCCAUGGUUAUCAGAAGCUGGCCUCCGACUUCUCAACUUCCUCUUCAUGUAUGACCCAAAAAAAAGGGCUACAGCAGAAGAUAGUCUGGAGAGUUCCUAUUUUAAAGAAAAGCCAUUGCCAUGUGAACCAGAACUUAUGCCAACGUUCCCCCAUCAUCGUAACAAACGAGCUGCUUCUAGUGUGGAUAACCAACAGAAACGUCCCAAGGUGUGAUUCAUUGAUUCUGGUGACCUGGAAACCAUCUUCCAGUGUAACUG